GUCGGGCCGGCCGAGUCGGAGCGAGGCGGCGGCAGCGCAGGCCCGGGCCCGGAGAUGAGGCCAGGAUGUCGGUGUCAGGGCUCAAGGCCGAGCUGAAGUUCCUCGAAUCCAUCUUCGACAAGGACCACGAGCGCUUCCGCAUCGUCUCCUGGAAGCUGGACGAGCUCCACUGCCAGUUCGUGCUCCUGCCGCCGCCGCCGGGCUCCGGCCCGCAGCCGCCCCCCCCCCAGACUGUUCACUGCACACUUACUGAAUCUUACCCGUCUUCAUCACCAAUAUGGUUUGUAGAAUCAGAUGACCCAAACCUGACUUCAGUCUUAGAGCGUUUAGAAGAUAUUAAGAAGAGCAAUACUCUGCUUCUUCAGCAGCUGAAGCGAUUAAUAUGUGACCUCUGCAGAUUAUAUAAUCUUCCUCAGCAUCCAGAUGUUGAAAUGUUAGAUCAGCCAUUGCCAGCUGGACAGAAUGGAACAACAGAAGAAGUUACAUCAGAGGAGGAGGAAGAAGAAGAUAUGGGUGAAGACAUUGAAGAUCUGGAUCACUAUGAUAUGAAGGAGGAGGAACCCGUUGAUGGCAAGAAGUCUGAGGAUGAAGGCAUUGAAAAAGAAAACCUUGCAAUCUUAGAAAAAAUCAGAAAAAAUCAAAGGCAAGAUCACUUAAAUGGUGCAGUCUCUGGGUCAGUUCAGGCUUCAGAUCGACUUAUGAAAGAACUCAGGGAUAUAUAUAGAUCACAGAGUUAUAAAACAGGGAUAUAUUCAGUGGAACUGGUAAAUGACAGCUUGUAUGAGUGGCACGUUAAGCUUCUCAAGGUUGAUCCUGAUAGCCCACUGCAUAGUGACCUUCAGGUCUUAAAAGAAAAAGAAGGUGUAGAAUACAUUUUACUCAACUUUUCUUUUAAGGAUAACUUCCCUUUUGAUCCUCCCUUUGUGCGAGUGGUGUCUCCUGUGCUCACAGGAGGGUAUGUCCUAGGUGGAGGUGCAUUAUGCAUGGAACUUCUUACUAAACAGGGCUGGAGCAGUGCCUACUCAAUAGAAUCAGUCAUCAUGCAGAUCAAUGCCACUUUAGUCAAAGGAAAAGCCAGAGUACAGUUUGGAGCCAAUAAGAAUCAAUAUAAUCUAGCAAGAGCACAGCAGUCCUAUAAGUCACUAGUACAAAUACAUGAGAAAAAUGGCUGGUACACUCCUCCUAAAGAAGAUGGCUAAUGCUGAGGACUGUUGUACACCUGGACCAAUGUCAACAAAACAAGCUCUUUAUGUUUUCCAACACACAGACUCAAGCUAUGAGUGCCCCUAUAACAGCUGUACUGAGGACUUUAGCUAUUAGAUAAGUUAGUGGAUAAUCUGUCAACUGACACGUACAGUAUAAGUUACAGC